AGGAACAAAAAGGUAUCGGACGUCUUUGGCGGUCUUUGGCACACCUAAUGCGUUCAUUUGAUGGAACAUUCCGCCAACAAGCGUACCAACGCAAACGGCGAGUGUUCGUCGUUCCUGUGGAAUCAGCUGGUAUCCGGAGCGCCCGUAGUACUCGGCCUCGAUGCCUACAGGCCACCUGCUGUCAAGAUUAAAGAACAGGUGUUGAAUGCUGCAUUCCGGACAGCUUUAGAGAAGCGUGCAGAGCAGUCUGUGCUCUCUUCGUUGGCUGGCACAGUGCAGUUUUCUGCUGAAAGUGAUGGCAUCAUCAUCGUACUUGACCAGGUGCCAGGCUGCACUUCGUCUCCGUUGCGUCCAAAUGUCAUCCAGGUUCCCUGCAAGUUUGACAAGGCCACCCAAGGAAAUGGCAUCACUAAUUCAAGCAAGGAAGAAUGGUUGGCUAAGUUGAUGACUUUCGAGGAUGCCUGGCACUAUGCAUCACUGGAAUGUGGGCUGGGCUUCAGUCUGGCCGUCACUGUUGACAUGGCAGCCCGUAUCAAAGGUCCCUCCUGUGACCUGACCGUGAGCGCGGUGACCCCUAUGCUUCCAUUGCGCCUGGUGCCCCUGUUCCCGAUUCCAGUGCUCAGGAGCGGUGUCCAAGAUACACUGUCCUCGCCACAUGCCGCAGCGCUGCCUGACUUUGGGUUCGUCACCCUGUGUGGGGACCACCUCUGCUUUCACUUCAAACAUCAGCUUGAAGAUGGCGGCCUAAACUUCAUCGGAGUAUGGAUAAGUGGUGUGGCAUCGGUCGAGCACCCCUUCAUCUGGCUUGUUUGUGCCCAGUUUGUCACAAGCCAGAGAUUGGCUUCAAGGCCGAGAGAGAUAUUUGUGGUGUGCAUCCUGUCGAGGCCAGAAGUAACGGCACUAAAUGUGAGCUUUGGGAAGCCACCCGAGGAAGUGCUUUUCUUCAACUGCCUCUGCCAGAGCCAAACCAGCCUCCAUUUCCAGCUAUGGCAGGGGGCAGCCGUCACCUCUGUGGCCAGGGUGCCAUCAGCUUCAAACAAAACAAUCGGCAUAAACCUCGAAAAAGUACUUUCUGGAGGUGCAGCUGAGACAUUCCACUUGGCCCUGAAGGAACUUGUAAAAAACCGUGUGCCACCGGUGGCAUCCCAGGAGCAGAACAGCAGUGCCAUGACUCGGAAUUCGUGGGUUCCCACGCCGAAGCCUGCAAGAAGCCAGGACUUUAUCAUGGCUCCGACUGUACCGGACGUGUCAGACUGCUCCAUGGGCUUGUCGGUGCACUCGCGAUUAGAAAAUGCGUCGUAUGGAAUGCGCGGUCCGACUUGCGAUCCGAGUAUGCCGGUCUUGAACACCGAUUCACAAGGAGGCUGCUUUGCCCAGUGUUCCAAUGCUGCGCAGGACGCUCGAACUACCGUAACACCAACUCUAGGUGGAACGUCAACUCCUCUGCAAAGCUGUGGUGUUCAGGACUAUACUGUUGCUGCCACAGAUGCCCAAUUUCGACUGAGCCAGCAACAACAAUACGCACCUUCGGCUUCUACAACUGGGCGUCACGCAGCACCAGAGUCGGUGCCCGUUGGCGUGUAUGAGCUGAUCAGACGCCAAGACGAGCAGUUGUUGGAGCUCAGGCGUCAGAUUCAACGCCUCCUGUGUCCUCCACAAGAAAAGAACCAAUCGGGGCCGCCAGUCUUGUCUGUCCAACCACUGGCUAGUGAAUAUGGCAAGAAAAAUGAGAAGCUGACUUGCAAUGCUGGUACCAUGACGGAAGCUGUCGCACAAGUGGUGCAUCGAUCUGUUCAAACAGAUAAGACCACAACUGAGAGUUCCUCCAGUGGAAAGGGUUGCUCUUUUUGCGCCCAUUGCAAGCAAGAACAGCGUGCAUCGGAAAUCCCGGAACGCGACACCGAUUACACCAUCUUCUUUCCCGAGAAGUCUCCUCACUUGACGCAGCGGCUUACCCAGAAGCCUAGCCCAAGGACGGCAGGGACCAUACCACAUAGAGAACCUGCCAACGGUCUCCCACGACCUGCCUAUGUGCACAGUAAGACUUCCGAUCUGCUCAUGACGCCCUCGGUUUCCUUCAGGGAUGAUCCCUCUCUUCAGCCUGACAGGUUGGAAAAAAGGGGUGCUCCCCAGGGAGCAGUGCUGUCGUCCUCUACCGAGACGUUCAUUCAUCCGCGGCUGCAGUUUGAAGAGUCGCGGCUCAGUGUUCAGCGGCGUGACGAGCUGAGCUUCCAGGUGGACCGCAUCGCACACAAGUACUGCCCGGAGGGAGCCGGCUUGUCAGCGUCCCAGUCCCCGUUGGCCAAGGGUGGAGUGCCACUCUCGCAGGAUGCGCAGGCCUAUCUGCAAAACUACGGACUCGACUCUCGCAGAGCACGGGAUGCCGUAGCAAGAACAGACAGCAUGGAGCGCAUACUGGACAUUAGUGCACUCAAGAGGCUGCCCAAGUUACUUUAAUCUCCAGGCUGAGUGGUUUGAAGAGUGGUAUACAAGUGCACAUGAACAGACGGCUCCCUAAAGCUCCAAGGAGCAAGCAAACUUGCCGACUCCUAGUGUUUGGAGCUGUGGAAAUGUCACAUUAGCAGCACAAAUACACAGAUGAGUCAGUUGUAAGACCCUUCCGCAGAGUGAGAGCAGCAGGUACGUUGUUUAAGAAAAGGAAAUUGACAACCACCUGUUUGUAGCAUGAAGCCACAAGGAAAUCCAUACGAAUUUCCUUAUGGAGGCCAUACCGUAUGGACACCAAUCUGUAUGGAAAUCCAUAUGGAUCCAUAUGGAUUUCCUUGUGGCUUCGUGCUACAAAUGGGUGGUUGUCAAUUUCUCCUUCUUAACCCUUCUGCCACCUUGCAGAACCUAUUUGCAAGACGCAUCUCCGCGUCUAGUGGAAGAGUUCACAGCAUCUUCUUGAUGAUGUGGCUGAUCCUGGAAGCAAAAGCUGCUUGAAAGUCUGGAACACGAGGGGCUCGGAGGAGGGACGGUUGGUCUUGCCGUUUGCACUGAAACGCCUUCCAGUAGAGGGUGUGCCCUGUGAAUUCGCUUGCACAAGUGCAGCUUCAAUGCGUACACAAGCCAUGGCUUUCGGCUGGUUCCAACGACAUAGAUCUCUGUGUCCCAACUAUACGUGAUGAUGUUGCUUCAUUGUUCAAGUGCCUUGUUCUACCUUACUGCAAAAGCUUUUGGAGGAGCAUGGAAUCAAUGAGAAGUUCACUUCCAUGCACUGUGGUGGUUGUUGUACAGCAGCUUUCUGCUGUACAACACAAUUAUAGGAAUGAUACCUUUAAUGAAGAAGAGUUUGAUAAGUCAUUGCUCCGAAAGCUUUUGCAGCCAGGUUUCCUUUUAUAUUAUUUAUACAUUCUGACUCUCUGGCCAUGCAAGGAGCUGUGCAGCAUGGCUAGCCAGAUGUCUAGAUUCUAAGUAUGAAAUGAGUAUAUUGUUUACCAUUUAGAAACAAUAAACUUCAAUAAAUAUACAA